AUGCGUGGGAGGGAAGUUGUAUACGUUGUUCCGUCGAGAGAAAAGACGCCCGUACCGGUUUUAGACGGUAGCGUCGCCCGGUUUCGCGAUAAUUUGGCCGCCUGCGUGAGAUACCACGUAACCGACGAAGACUCGCAUCCUGUACCUAAAACCGUAAAAUUUCAGCACGCCGGAGUCGUAGGAUCCGAUGUUUUAAAAAAGCUUCGUUUACGGGGUAAGAGUUUUGACGACUUUAAAGAGUCGAGAGCCGUCGUGGCGGCUAUUAAACCGUAUAACGAAGACGUUAUGAACAUCGCCGACUACAACAGCCGGAUCGUCGGAUUGGGGGGCGAUGGCUGCGAAAAACAAUAUCGGAAGUACGUUACGAUUACAGAGUUGUUGUAUAAGCUGGGUUACGCAGGCGACGACGUUAGGAUCCACCGGUCGACUAUCGGAGAUAAACUAUACGAGUAUUCUAAAAACGUUUCCAAUUACCCAAAAAUAACAAAAAUCGAAACCAACUACUGUAAAGACAUAAGGGAAUACUCGCUCUGUUACGGGUACGUCCCUUUCACGUAUUCGUCAGAGUUUCAGGUCUUGGUUACGAGACUUAUUGAAAAGAGAAAAUAUUUGAAUUAUAAUUACGAUCUGGUGGAGGGUGAGAUCGAGUUGUUAUUUUUGGGUUAUUGGCGGUUAGAAAGCAACGAUAUUAAAGGGUAUGAUCCGAAGGUGACACGGACGACGAAAAAACAAUUUCUUUCUCACGUUUUAUCUAAAAUUCGCAAAAUAUUCAAUGUCGAAAAAAAUGAAAUGACGAAAAAAAUAUUUAAAAAAAUCUUUAAAAUCAUUGUGCAUUUUUCGAAUUUCGGAGAUCCGCAAAAAAAUUCCGGCCUUAGCGCUUGA